UCGGUGUCCGAUAAAAAAUAAAAAUAAAAAUAGUGUGACUGACUUCAAGAAAUCAAAACCUACGAUGACUAUUAAGCUGUAUAUCAUGAUUGCUAUGGCCGUGACUUGUUCAAGUAUCACAGAAUCGUUUCCGUCUUCAGUCGAUUUAGCCGAACACGACGAACACCAACAUUAUUCACAAAUGUCAAAUUCGUAUCACUUCGAGUAUGCCGUACAUGACCCCGUGACCGGUGAUGAGAAAAACCACAACGAAGUUAGUGACGGACAUGGCACUGUCAAGGGGACGUACAGUCUAGUCGAACCAGACGGUUCUACUCGUGUUGUUGAGUACACAGCUGAUGACGUCCACGGCUUCAAUGCCGUAGUUAAGAAAAUUCAAUUACAACACAAACCCUCAUCUACAGAACACAUACUUGACUUGGGAGAACAUAAGGUGCCAUAUUUCCCAAAACCGACGAAUGAUUUAGAAGAAAAAUACCAUCAUGAAAUGAUUUCAUCAUACUCGGAAUAAUUAUUUCAAUGAAUAUGAUAACAUGUCAAAAUAAUGUGCAGCAAGUCUGGUUUUUCAAAA